UGUAGCAAAACCAUAAGUUUUCUUGUUUUAUUUGUAGUUAAAUCAUGGUUAAUUUUCGUAAGGGAUUACUUCAUGAAGAAGAAACCAAACCUUUAAGUAACAUUACAAGGUUGGCCAAAAAAAAAGAAAAAAAAAAAGUAGUCUGUUGAGAUACAGUAGCCCACAUACUAGCGCGCGCGCUGGCGCUCCCCACAGACGCUAUUGUGGAACAUCCCAGUUCACGAAACCUCAGCGGAUCACUGGAUUUCUACUUUUUCCUUUUCUACGUGAUCAGUAAAAGCUGGGAAUCGACAUGUCUUCUUCUACAGAGAUGACGGCCACUGCGAAGAUCACUCCGGAGGUUCUCCACGAACUCCUGCAGUACUACAACCUCUCGCGUCAGGAAUUCAUCCACACCUACAACAUCCAGCCUCUGGUCUACAUCCCAGAACUCCCUGCCGGAGCCAAAACCACGUUUGUCGUGAUGUACGUGAUUAUAUUCGCGCUGGCGCUGGUCGGGAACAGUCUGGUGGUUUAUAUGGUGCUGCGUAAGCGCGCGAUGCGCACCGCCACCAACAUCUUCAUCUGCUCUCUGGCUGUCAGCGACCUGCUCAUCACCUUCUUCUGCAUCCCGUUCACGCUGCUGCAGAACAUCUCGUCUGAGUGGCUGGGAGGGGUUCUAGUAUGUAAGACCGUUCCUUUCGUACAGACCACAGCCAUCGUCACCGGCAUCCUCACCAUGACCUGCAUCGCUGUGGAGAGAUACCAGGGCAUCGUCUACCCGCUCAAAAUGAAGAGGCAGUGCACGCCCAAACGAGCUUACAGGAUGCUAGGGCUGGUGUGGAUCGCUGCUGUCAUGGUCGGAUCACCGAUGCUGUUCGUGCAACAGCUCGAGGUGAAGUACGACUUCCUGUACGAUCAUCAUCACGUGUGCUGUCAGGAGCGCUGGCCUUCGCUGCUGCACCGUCUUUACACCACCUUCAUCAUGGUGGCGCUGUUCCUGCUGCCGCUGGCCGCCAUGCUCUUCCUCUACAGCCGCAUCGGCGUCGAGCUCUGGAUCCGGAAACGAGUGGGAGACUCUUCCGUCCUCAACACCAUGAACCACAGAGAGAUCAACAAAAUCUCCAGGAAGAAGAAACGUGCCGUCAAAAUGAUGAUCACCAUCGUCCUGCUGUUCACCGUCUGCUGGGCUCCGUUUCAUAUCGUGCACAUGCUGUUCGAGUACAACGAGCUGGAGAAGAACUACGACGAGGUCACGGUGAACAUGAUCAUCGCUGUGGUGCAGGCCAUCGGCUUCUCCAACUCCUUCAACAACCCCAUCGUCUACGCCUUCAUGAACGAGAACUUCAAGAAGAACUGCGUGGCCACUGUUUCGGUGUACCUGCGGCGUCCCGUGCAGCCGCCCGAACACAGCGUGCACUUCUCCAAACACCUCAAAACAGAGGCCUUCAGCGCCAACCCACAGCCGAACCCAGCGCUGACGUCUUCACAAGGAGACCUGGAGAUAUCCACGGCGUUCACCGAGCAGAACGCCGGAACCGCUUCCUCUCAGCUCCCCUCCAGAUGAGAGCUUUAUCCUGAUCCGAUGACAACAAAAGCAGCCUCGGCUGUCGGAUGAGUUCAGGAUAACAAAUGCAUGAUGGGAGAUGUGCUGGAGGAUCAUGAGCAGCACAACGGAAACACAACGGACUGACCUCAUCAUUCUGUCACUGUUUACUCAAUCAUGUCAUUUCUAACACAGAUGCUGUUGUUUUUUAUGUGGAACGCAAAAGGGGAAAGUCUGCAAAAUCUGCCGCUCCAUAAAACAACUUUAAGGGACAUGGAGAUGAAAAAAAACAAAAAAAAAUACAUGAGAGGAAAAAUAAUAUUUCAGUGCU